UUUUUUUUUUUCCUCUCUCUCUCUCAUACACUUUUUCUACUGUUACAAUAUCCUUUUUUUUUUUUUGACAGUUGUCCUACGUUGUUCACGUUACUGACCUUAUAUCAGCAUUACUGAAGAGUGGGCAAUGCAAAACACCAAAAUACCUUGUUUGAAUGAUCAAGAAUCUGUAUUAUCACCUGCACCUUUUUCUUUCUUUAGUCCUGCUACGACAUCACCAGCAACAGUAACAACAACAACUAUGUCCAACAACCAACCUCCUGCGUCACCUCCAGCAACACCUGUUUAUUACCCAUCGGAUCCAAUUUCUCCUUCUUCUUCUCCUUCACCUUCCUCUUCAUACUCAUCAAUCCCGUCUUAUUCUACUAAAAGUCUCCGGCCACGAUAUUCUAAAUCGACUUGUCUUGCCAGUGAAAAUAUUCAGGUUAUGGUUCGUUGUCGUCCACCUUUUGAUACUACAGUUGAAACUCAAGAAGAAGAUGAUUGCUGGAUACUUGGUUCUGAAAAAGGUACUAUCAAAUUGGAUGACUCUCAUACUACAGUGUUUGAAUAUGACAAGGUAUUCAAAGGUACAGACAACGCUGAAAUAUACGAAUCCGGUAUACAAAAAUUAGUCAGAUCUACAAUGGAAGGCUAUAAUGGUACUGUAUUUGCAUAUGGACAAACGGCUAGUGGAAAAACUUAUACAAUGGUAACAGGUACCCAGGAGGAACCGGGAAUGAUACCAAAAGCGGUGAACGAUGUGUUUGCUUAUAUAGAAGAAGAGGCUGUGGAUCGAGAAUUUUUAUUACAAGUGGCAUAUAUGGAAAUCUACAAGGAAAAAAUCAACGACUUGUUGGGUUCAGAACAACCUGCAACUGGCUUAAUAAUAAGAACGGUGAAUGGACAGGAUUCAGUCGAUGGUCUCAACAUUGUUCCUGUUACAACUCCUGAAGAGGUGAUGAAUUAUAUCAAAUUGGGUGAAGCUCGACGUCAUACAAGUGAAACAGAUUUCAAUGAAAGUAGCAGUCGAUCCCAUACUAUCUUCCAACUGAUUAUUGAAAGCAAACCUAGGUCUUCUUCUUUGGCUUCUGUACGAACUUCUCGUUUGAAUUUGAUUGAUUUAGCAGGUUCCGAAAAAGCAGCCAUUAAUACUGAACGACGUCAAGAAGGAGCUUUCAUCAAUAAAAGUUUACUAACAUUAGGCAAAGUCAUCACUCAAUUGAAUGAAGGUGCAAAACAUAUACCAUAUCGUGAUUCAAAGCUUACAAGAAUCUUGAGUACCUCUUUAUCUGGAAAUGAUCGCGUGGCUGUUAUCUGUACUAUCAAUCCAUCUUGGAAAUCCAAAGAUGAAUCCACCAAUACUUUACGUUUUGCACAAGGAGUCAAGAAAGUUCGAAUUAAUCCAAAAAUUACUCAGACUACACGACAUUCAAAACUUCAAAAUUACAAGGAACAAAUUGUGGAACUUGAAAUUCAAAUGCAAAAAAAGACGGAGCAAGAAGCCGAUACUAAAGAAAGAUUAUCCCAUUUACUUGGUCUUAUUUUAACAAGCUCAAAAGCCAAUGAUAUUGCGAAAAAUAAACAUGAAGCCACAGCGGGUAGUGAUGUUUGGUUACACGGAAGUAUUGAAGACGUGGUUCACGAAUGCGAACAACAUCUGUCAGCAACUAUCCAAAAGCAUCAGGAUGAAAUUCGAAGGAAAGAUCAGGAUAUACAACAACUAAAGGAUAGACUUGCUCAAAAUCAACAAAGUUUGGAUGAAAAAUCGAUUGUAAUCGAAGAACUUCAAGUAGCUGUACAAGAUUAUCAAAGGAUAACGGAAGAACGACAAGCUCAACUAGACAAGUAUCGCAACGACACAGCUGAACUCAGCAAACGAUGGACUGAAUUGGAAUCAUUCAUUAGUGACUACAAGGAACAAUUGGUGGUUUCUGAAAGUAAGGCACUGAUGUUGGAAGCAAGGCGUAAAGCAGAUGAACAUGCAAAUGAUAUACUACGACAAGAGCUGGAGGAAUGCAAAAUGGCUUUGGAACAGAAGAUACAAGAUGAAAGAUUACUAGGUAUGGUACAAUCGAUGGCUGAAGACGAACCAGAGGAAGACUUGCAUGACAAUAAUAACGACAAUGAGAAAGAUACAUCUACCGACCAUGAUGUACUCAAUCAAAUAGUGAUCAAUUUGAAAAAACAACUGGAAGAUACUGAGGCAGAAUACGAACGGAAACUACAAGAACAAAGGAACGACAUGGAAAAAGAAAAGGAUCGACGUGAUAUUAUAUACAAAAAGAAGAUAGACGAAGUACAAAAAAAGCUGGAUGAUAUGGAAGCUGAAUUGAUACAAUCACUUAGUGUUGCCAACACUACAAACACUAACCAAGAAGGAUCAACCCUACCAAUGUACCUUGGACAUGGAAACUGGCAACUUCUUUUGGUGUUUUCACUUUAUCUCGCCUGUGGCCAAUAUUUGGACUCUUUUUUGCACUGAAUACCAACUUUUCCCUCUUGUUACUAUAGUUUAGUUUUAUUAUUAUUAUCCUUUUAUUUUAGUUUGUUUAUUUCAUGAAUUGUAUAUACCAUUUUUAAUAAAAUAUUGAUAUCUUGAUAACCAACA